UGUUGUCAGAUUUGACAGAAGAACGGACGUACUAAAUAUUUUGUUUUGAAAACAAAGUAUUUUUGAUGAGAGCACGCAGUAGAGUUGCAACGGCCAGAAGAGCUUUAAUCGAAAGAGUCCUGCCUUCCUGAGAAGAUGUCAUUCAACAAACAUGUCUACAGCGUCAGAUUCAAUCAAGAUCAAGGCUGCUUCGCAAGUUCCAUGGAAACUGGAUUGCGUAUUUACAAUGUAGAACCACUGGUAGAGAAAGUACAUUUUGAUGUGGAAUUGAUGGGGAGUGUUUCACAAUGUGAAAUGCUGCACAGAUCGAAUAUCAUAGCUAUUGUGGCUGGUGGAUCCAGACCCAAAUUCCCUGACAACACCCUAAUGAUAUAUGAUGAUUCUGCAAAGAAGUUUAAACUGGAGUUAACUUUUAGCUCAUCAAUCAGAGCUGUCCGAUUGAGGAGAGACAAAUUAGUUGUAGUUUUAACGACUGAGAUACACGUGUUUUCGUUUCCUUCACCCACACAACGUUUAUUUUCACUAGAAACCAGAAAUAAUCCAAGGGGUUUCUGUGAAAUGAGCCCACUGUUAUCUGCUGAGAAGCAAAUUCUAAUCUUCCCUGGGCACAAAAUGGGCAGUGUGCAAAUUGUGGACUUAUUGAGCACUGAAAUUGGCGUAUCAAGCGCCCCCAUUUGGAUAGACGCGCACAGAAACGAUUUAGGUUGCUUGGCAAUAAACCAGCAAGGUACAAGGAUUGCAACUGCAUCAAGUAAAGGUACCUUGAUCAGAGUUUGGGAUUCGACCAGCAAGAAGCUUUUGGUAGAGCUUAGGAGAGGCACUGAUCCUGCAACAAUUUAUUGCAUGAACUUCAGCUGCGAUUCGGAUUUCUUGUGCUGUUCCAGUGAUAAAGGAACUGUGCACAUAUUUGCCAUUAAAGAUACUAAUCUGAAUAAGAAAAUGACGUUUUCUAAUUUUAAAAUCUUGGGUAAUUACGGAACCUCGCAGUGGGCAUUGGCCAAUUUUACUGUACCACCGGAGUGUGCUUGCGUUUGUGCCUUUGGUCCUAACCGCUCCGUUUAUGCGAUAUGUGUAGAUGGAACGUUCCACAAAUACGUGUUCAAUCCGGAUGGGAAUUGCAACCGGGAAGCUUUCGAUGUAUUUCUUGACGUCUGUGAUGAUGAUGAUGAUGAUAAUUUUCACUAAUUGUGCAAUUUAUUAUAAUUUUAUCAUUUCUUGAAUGUACAUAUGUUAUUAUGUAAGGGUAAAAAAUGAUGUACUGAA